AUGGGGGACUGGUUAACUAAUCAACAAAAAAAAGAUUUAGCUCGUCGUAAUUUUCGUCGUAUUGCGAUACAACGAAGUGAUCAUCGAAUUCCAUGGGAUGAUUGUGAAAAAAUUGUUAAAAAUAUUUUUUUACAUGUAUCUGCUGCUCGACUUAAUGGUUUGAUGUCGGAUGCCGAUGAAGAUGGUACUUGUCUCAUACGUCUUGGUCCAUUUAUGAAAAUGAUUAAAUAUUUACUAGAUGAACAAGUUGAUGGUAUUGAUGAAGAUGAAGAUGAAGAUUUUGAAAGUGAACAUUCUGUAGAUGAAGGUACUCGAUAUGAACAUCCUGCACAUGAACAACCUGAACGAAUAUUGCUUGAUGAAGUGGAACAACAGCAAAAUUUAUUAGACUUCGCAAUGCAAAUUAAACAACUGGUUGAAGCAGAACAACCAGACGAUGCUGUUCCAAAAACAAAAAUUAAAGAACUUUUUAAAGAGUAUAAAAUUUUUGAUUAA